AUGAGUGUGCUGCGACGCGUGUUGUGUUUUUUUGCUUUCCUGCUGAGUGUUGCUUCUCUCUGCGUCUCCGCUGGCGGGGCUGCUUUAGAACCUGAAGCUCUUCCUUGCACUUCUGGUUCUUCUGGGUCUGAAUGUCCUUCUCCUGGUCCUGCACCUGGUGUUCAUCCCCCUGGUCCUCCUGCUGCUGCUUCUGUUGAUAGUUGUCCUGAAGGUUCUGCAUCUUCUGAUGCUCACCCUUGUCGUCGUGGUGGAGGUGGUGGCCCACGUCCUACUACUGGUGGUCCUUCUCCUGGUCAAGAUGGAGCUGUUGGUACUUGUCCUGAAGCUGGUGCCGGUGAUUCCAAUGGCGGUUCUUGUAAUCCUUCUUCUUCUGCUGCUGGUGUUGGUGCUGGCGCUGGCCCUCAUCCGCAACCUGCCACAAGAGACUCUGCAUCACUUACACAGGAAGUAUCUGCUGCUCAAGGUGUGCGGGGAUCCCAAGAAACUGUCAGUGAACCACGUCCUGCAGUAACUGCUGCCGAUCCUCCUGCAGGCGCUUCUGGCGAAGCUGCUGCUCCUUCCACUACAUCUUCUUCACCAGGUGAUGGGAACAGUAGUGACUCUACACGUGUUGGUCAAACUGAAAGCGCAACAACACCGUCUCCUCCUUCUGGCAGUUCAGCGAGAGAGAGUACCAGUAGUUCUGAUACUCCAACGACUGAAAACGGCAAUAGACCUGCGGAGGGUGAAUCAACCAGUGAAAAGGAAUCACCCACCACCACCACCACCACAACAACAACCACCACCACCACCACAACAACAACAACAACACUUCCUCCUGAGACUGCAAACAACAAGAAGGGUGAUGCAGACAGCAGCAGCAGUAUCAGCAAUUCUGUGUGGGUGCGUGUACCACUACUGAUUGUGGCGACACUGGCCUGUAUUCUUGUGUGCUAA